AUGGUUUCCUCGUUUGUUAGCGCGCUCCUUGUAGCAUCCGCUGCAGCCAGAUUCGCGCCUCGCUCCGCAGAACCUCCCAUGCGUCUUGCCGAUCGCCAGUCGGGCAAUUUUGCACGCAUCGAGCAGACAGCUGACGGUACCCUUCCUCGCUUCGACUGGGAACAGUCGUCCCUGACGGACACGACCAUCGAGCAAGCCCUGGCCUCAGUACCAGCUGAUUUGAAGUCUCUUUUCCAAUUCGCUUCGCACAACAUUGCUAGCGACGUCGUGCUUGACACAGACAACACCUUCAACGGCCGCGAAUGCAAAGUCUUCCCUGGCGACGAAGAUUGGCCAGCGGAGGCAAGCUGGUCAGCACUCAAUGAUGUCACCAAUGGUGCUCUGAUGAAGCCUCUUCCACAGGCACACAUCUGUUACAACAGUACUUUGGGUGGCAUCGACCGGAGCGCUUGCGAUGCUAUGACCAAGUCAUGGACGGAUCCAUUCUCACAGUUGGAUGACCCCAUUGAGAUGCUGAGUCCAUUGUACCAAGGAAGUACAUGCCAACCGCCUCAGAUAUACAACAGCAAACAGUGUACCCAAGGAGGCUACUCUCUCUACGUCGUCAAUGCUUCGACUACUGCCCAGAUUCAGCUGGCACUCAACUUUGCUCGAAACACGGGCGUCCGAUUCGUCGUUCGUAACACCGGUCAUGAUUUUGCCGGGAAGAGUGGUGGUGCUGGCUCCCUUAGUGUAUGGACUCAUGGCCUGACAGACAUCGCGUUCAUUGAGAAUUACGAGUCGGAUGACUACUCUGGUCCUGCUAUCAAAGCUGGCUCGGGCGCUCAAGGCUUUGAGCUUUACGCGGCUGCGAGAGACUUCGGUGGUACUAUCAUGGGAGGAGAAUGUCCUACUGUCGGCGCGAUGGGCGGAUGGAUCCAAGGUGGUGGCCACUCGCCUCUAUCGGGAUCCCUUGGCAUCGGCGCUGACCAUGUGCUUUCCAUGGAGGUCGUCAUGGCAGAUGGUCGCUAUGUGACUGCUGAUAAGAAAAACAACCCUGAGCUUUUCUGGUCACUACGUGGUGGUGGAGGUCUGACCUUCGGUGUUGUAACUUCUGUCACCGUCAAGAUGCACCCGGAUCAACCUAUCGCUUCCGCCAACUGGCUCGUCACCACAGGCAAGAAUGUCAGCACCGACGCCUUCAAGCAAGGACUAAAGGCAUACAUGAAGUACUUUCCACAGAACGCUGACAACAAUACUUACGCGUAUUGGAAGGUAUUUCCAUCGCCAGACUCGAUCAUGAUGGACAUGUCGCCGUUUUUCGCUCCCGGAAAAACUGUUGAAGAGGCCAAAGCUCUUGUUGACCCUUGGGUAAAGGAUAUGGCUGCGCUCGGGAUCUUCGUCGAACCCAAAUGGACACAGUAUAACGGAUUCUACGAUGCCUACAAUGGCUCUUUCCCUGUGGAAGGUGUCAAUAGCAAUGGCGUCGCCACUACCUCGCGUAUGAUUCCUCGUUCCAACUGGGCAAACGAAUCUAUCUUUGAUGAGACUUUCGAAGCUCUCUGGGGGGCGGUUGAUGAAGGUAUGGCGCUGAUUGGCUACAACAUGGCACCAUCUUGGGAAAAGGGUGGACGCCCUGAUAAUUCUGUCAACCCGGCUUGGCGCAACAUGCUUGGUUUUAUUAUCACCGGUACUGUUCUCAACAUGACAAAUCCAGCUGCGGAGAUUAUCGAGGAGCGCCUCAACAUGACCUACGGCGUCAUGCAAAAGUGGCGCGACAUCACGCCCGGCUCCGGAUCCUACCUUUCGGAGGGAGAUCGUCUUGAACCUAAUUUCCAGUGGUCGUUCUGGGGUAGCUUUUAUCCGCGUCUCCUGAAAGCGAAGCGCAAGUUUGACCCGUUCAACCUUUUCUGGGCCACAGGUGCAGUGGGAAGCGAGUUUUUCAACGUACGCAGUGUCGAUGGGUUGCCAAAUGAAAAUGGAAAGCUCUGUGUUAACCCGAAGCCGAUACUUUACCAGGCGGAAGGCCCUGACUGGGUCCCAGAGUAG